AUGCUAAAUACUGUUAUUCCUCAAAUUGCACCAACUUGUGCUAGAUGCUCUUCCAACAGUGAAACUCAUAUCCACAUUUUUAGGGACUGUCAUACCUCGUCAAUUCUUUGGAAUUUUAUCUUUCAAAGAUUGGGAAUCCCUGAUAAGUUUAAUUAUUCAAUAUUCCAAAAUUCGCCAUGGGGAAAGGGUAAGGAGAAGGUGGAAGAUUCAUCUAUUAACUCCCUCACCUGGUUACCCCCAGCUCCUGGAUUUCUGAAGCUGAACACAGAUGGUGCUUGGAAAGGGAUUGACAAGACUGGUGGUGGUGGAGUACUGAGGAAAGAAAAUGGUGAUUGGUUUCUGGGAUACUCAAGUAAAUAUAAUGCUAAGAAUCCAUUAGCUGCUGAACUUUUGGCUUUAAGGGAAGGGCUCUCUGUGGCAAAAAGUUUUGACAUUGACAAACUGGAAGUGGAAACUGAUGCUGGUUCGUUAAUCUUCAUGCUUGAUACUUCUACUGUAAACCCUUAUCCACACCAUGAGCUGGUGGCAGUUAUUGAAGAAGUACGUGGGAUGCUAUUGGCAACUUGA